CACCGGUAUCAGAAUCAUGGAGACCGCUUCUUGCGCGAAAUACUCGUGCAUCAACAUCUUGCGGCAGCAGGCAACAUAUCGCCGGAUCCAGACCUCUUCUCCCUCAGCCUUAGGGAAAGAAAGCGGCCGAGGUGGUGAGACAUGGAAAGAUGGGCUUUCCGACACUUUCAACUCGGAGUCAAAGGAACAAAUCUUAGUUGGCAAGAACCUGCGGAAAACUCACGAUGGAGAAAAAUACCAGUUCUUGAACGUCGACCUGGCGCUCUCCGCAGGACAGCGCAUCGCGGUCGUUGGCCCAAACGGUAGUGGUAAGUCUACACUUUUACAGGUUAUAGCAGGAAAAUAUGCUGGGGAAGAUGGUGAUCUUUGGAUCCGGAAAGGCUUACGUGUCGCUUUUCUUGAACAAGAGCCGGCGUUUGACGAGUCCCUCGAGGUUCUACAGGCAGUGUAUGCAAGGGAUACCCCUACGAUGCGGACUUUACGGAGGUAUGAUGCGGCUGUAAAUGGCAUCGAGACUGCGGUUGGGGAACAAGAAACGUUAAGUGCCACAUCAGAGUUGACUGCUGCGCUCGAGGCAAUGGACCUGAUGUCAGCUUGGGAUCUGGAGAGCAAAGCAAAGAGCACGCUUGAUCGGCUAGGUUGCGACGAGUUCUUGAUGCGGAAAAUGGGAGAACUGAGUGGAGGUCAGAAAAAACGCGUCGCUCUCGCUGCCGCACUUAUAGAAGAACCGGAGCUGUUGAUUUUGGAUGAGCCCACCAACCACUUGAGUAUUGAGUGGCUUGAGCAGACGUUGAGUAGCAUGGGGAGCACCGCAGUUGUGCUUGUCAGCCACGACAGGAGGUUCAUCGAUGCGGUGUGUCCAGAUAUCAUAGAGCUCGACGGAUUCGGCGGCGCGCACAUGCACCGGGGUGGAUACGCGGCAUACGUAGAAGCCAGAGAGGCUAGGUGGGCGGCGGAGGCGCAGAAUAGGGCGGCUGCAAAGAACACGCUGAGAAAGGAAAAGGAGUGGAUGCGUCGGCAACCUAAAGCACGUGCAACAAAGGAGAAAGCGCGGAUAGAGAGGUUCUACUCUUUAAGCUAUCGCGUGGCGAAAUCUGGAACCAAGGGAACGCGUGUUGAUCUCGUUGAAGCCAAGGUGUCGAGGAUGGGAGAUUUCGAAUUUAUGACCUUAUGGUUCGGCGAGAAGAUAAUUCUUGAUGAGUUUUCUUACGCCUUCUCUAAACGGGAGAAGAUCGGCCUAGUUGGUCCUAACGGCGCAGGCAAAACCACGUUCUUGAAAGCGUUGAUGUGUGAGAUUCCGUUGGACAGCGGUUGGGUAAGCGUAGGAGAAACAAUACAAUUUGGAUACUACAGUCAGGUUGCGACAUUUGAUGACAAGGCUGACCUCAAGGUGGCUGAUUAUGUGAAAGCCAUAGAAGGUGAAGCGCGAAGUGUGGUUGGAGGCUUCGGAGGUUUGCUCAAGGGGGUGUCUGCAUACAAAUUGUUGGAGCGUUUUAAUUUCAGUGGUCCAAGGCAGAUGACAUCAAUAUCGCAGCUCAGUGGUGGGGAGAAAAGGCGUUUACAAUUAUUAUCUGUAAUGGCAUUGGCCCCUAACUUUUUAAUUCUGGAUGAACCAACGAACGACUUGGACCUCGAUACAAUCGAGGCGUUGGAGGACAUGUUAUUCGACUUUGACGGAUGUGUUCUGGUCGUGAGUCACGACCGAGCGUUUGUCAACAACCUUGUGGAUCACAUCUUCGUGUUUGACGGUCAAGGAAACGUGAACGAUUGGUACGGUGACUACGAUUCCUUGAGACGACAUUUGAAGAAAAAUACGUACAUUCCAAGUGUUAGUGACGUUGACAUAAAAACUGCGAAGGAACGGGAAGCGUUAAUAGCGAAGGAAGAGGUAGAAAGAGCAAUUCUGAAAGAAGCAUACAACGCUCCGAGCGUCGUACAGAAGAUUGAACGCGCGCUUGCGGUGUUAGAUGAAGCAGUCGCAGCGAUAGACGUGAAGCUGAUUCAUUGUGGUUCAGACGCUAACGCAGCACAUGAAGUCCAGAAGGAACGAGACUUGAAGGUCGCGAAGCAGGACACAUAUUAUGCUGAGUGGGAACGAUUAGAACGGAUCAUGGCGGAGGCUGAGGAGAUCAAGGCAGCGCGGGAAGCGAUUUGAAUAUGAAGCACUUUUUUGGUUUUCUGAGCUAUAUCUCCUGGUACCCGUAUUCAACCAUUCUUCUCCAUAGAACCCACUAUCUUUGAAACGUGAAUCGGGCCAAACACAACUUU